AUGAAGCCAUUCUGUUUGUCGCUGGUUGCCGUGGUAACAACUCUGGCAUUAUCGGUCAGUGCAGCAGACAAGAAAUCUAAAGUGCAGUGGCAGUCAGUCAGAGUCAAUGAAACAGUUACAGCAGAGGCGACCCUGGACAUCCUGGUGAAGAACUACGACGCCAACGGUGACCUACAUGGGACCCUGCGCAUCGCUUUGUUUGGGGAGACAGUCCCCAUGACAGUCCUCAACUUUUUCAGCAUCUGCAACGGUAUUAAACGACCAUCAGGCGAGCUCAAGUACGCCAACACCCAGUGCCACAGAAUGAUCCGGGACUUGAACUUCCAGUGUGGGGACACCACCACAGGCGAUGGUUCUGGGGGUAUCAGUAUGUUUGGGGACACGUUUAACGACGAGAACUUCCAGAUCGGCAUCAGUGAGAAGGGCACACUGGGCAUGGCGAACAGGGGCCCAAACUCCAACGGCUCGCAGUUCUUCAUCACCUUCGGCAGCUGGCAGUACCUGGACAACAUGCACGUGGGCUUCGGGCAGGUCAUUGGCAAGGAGUCACUGGAAUUCCUAGACAAACUGGCAGAGAUUGAGGUGGAAGACGACGGUCUGACGCCAAAGAAAAAGAUCAAGAUUGUGGGUUGCCAGGCCAAGGAUGUGAAGAAGUACCAGCUAGAAAGACGUGCAAAUGUUAACGAUGAUAAGUUCUCAUAA